GAUCAUAAAUAUCCUGGCCCCGUGCCUCAGGAGCCAUGACAAGCAAAAGAACGCACUUGCCUGGAGACAGCCUUUGUGAUAUUUAAAUGUGUGGGUUAAUUUUUCAUCCAAUUUUAUAACUAUUUUUUCCUCUGUCUAGUUCUUUGCUAUCCAUUUCUGCCGUGAAGCCGCGGGCACAGGGAUCUCUGCAAGGCAGAUCACUCCAGAGCACAUCUCAGGACAACCUUAUAGCAAAUAGUUGAAUUCACAGCAUCUGGAUUCCUGCUCCUUUUCUGAAAUGGCAGGUGUGAGUGGCUGUCUGAAAUAUUCUAUGUUUAUCUUCAACUUCUUGUUCUGGCUAUGUGGUACCUUAAUCCUGGGAAUAGCAAUAUGGAUACGAGUAAGCAAAGAUGGUAACGAGGUCUUCACUUCUGGAAAUUCUGAGGCCAACCCCUUUGUUGCUGUGAAUAUCUUGAUUGCUGUGGGUGCCAUUAUCAUGGUCCUGGGGUUCCUGGGCUGUUGUGGUGCCAUGAAAGAAAGCCGCUGCAUGCUUCUCUUGUUUUUCAUAGGCUUGCUUCUGAUCCUGCUCCUGCAGGUGGCUGCAGGUAUCCUAGGAGCUACUUCCCAAUCUCAGACUAAACGCAUUCUGAAUGAAACUCUCUAUGAAAAUGUAAAGCUUUUGCAGCAAACAGGGGAUAAUGGAAAAGAAUUUCGAGAAGCCAUGACUACAUUUCAGAAAAAGUUUGAAUGCUGUGGUUUGGUCAAUGGACCUGCUGAUUGGGGAAGUAAUUUUGACUCAAUUUCCGAGUCAUGUGCAUGUGAUUCAGGUGCUUGUAUGACAUAUAGUGGAAAAAAAGUUUACAGAGAGACAUGCAUUUCUUUCAUAAAAGAGUCAGUUGAAAAACACAUUGUCAUAGUUAUUGGAAUCGCGUUUGGACUGGCAGUUAUUGAGAUACUUGGUUUGGUGUUUUCUAUGGUCCUGUAUUGCCAGAUUGGGAACAAAUGAACCUGGGAAUAUCUGAAGCCUUCAUCAGUCAAGCCCCUUUAAAAUUUUGCUUUGGCUUUGUAAUUAAAUUAAGUGAGUGAUAUAUAGGUCAGAAGCAGGUUUCUUACUAAAAUGUCUCAUUUUGCUAGAUUACAAGUAUCUUCUACACAUACUGAACAUAUUUAAGAUUUGAAGUACAUGAAGAAAACUAUGUAAGUGUCUAUUUUUACUCAAAGUAAAAAUAACAUUGUUUACAUUGGUGUUUUGUGCUUGAUUCUUUGCUUACCAUGUUCAUCUGGAGCCACCCAGUGGAAGAAUCUUCCCUUCAAAGUGACAGGGCUUUGAUAAGGCAGGGCAUCUGAGAUGUUUGGAAACAAGGCUCUUUUAUGAAGUGUAGCAAUCAUUGCUGAUAGGAUUGAAUUAAUUUUGCAGUAGAAAUAAUUGAGUGCAGUCCAGCUGAAAGACUCACCAUCUUUUUGCUAUUGUACGUCACUGAUUACUAAUACUAUCUCUUUUUUGUUGUCUGUCCUUUGUGGGACAAGAUCUGAGUUCCCAUCUCCCUGUCACUGAGUCUUGGUACCUCUCUGAAUCUCUAAGACAUAGUAGUUAUAAAAGCUCUUUCAUUCUAAUUCUGAGAAACAACUUGCUAUUUAACUUAUUAUGGGAAUACAGUAUUCCUACUGUAAACAAAUCUUACUAUACAGCCCUGUGAUUGUGUAUACACCUGCAUAUGCACUACCUAGAUCAAAAUGCAAAGCAUUUCUAGCGCACCAAAUUUCUCCUUCACACCAUCACUCAAGGGUGUACUGAGGCUGGCCUAGGCCAGCUUGCCUGAGCAGAUUGCACAUAUAUGCAUCUCCUUUCAUGCCUGUGUUCAGUGACAUCACAUUGGUGGGAUGUGACAAAAUAUUCCCAUCACAUUGGUGGGGAUAUUUACAUCAUGGAAACUGGAAAAUACUUCAAAAUCAGGGCAGUUUAUUACUAUUGCUUUUUUUUUUUUUUUUGAGAGCUUGUUGGUAAAUAUGUUCCAGUAUAUUCACUUUCUCAGUAAAUAUAUCCCUAAAAAUAACCACUACCCCAACUUCUAUGACCAUACAUUCUUCCUUUUUGUCUAGUCUUUAACUUUUUCUAAAUGGAAUAAAUAUGCAAUCUGGCCUCUUUCACUCAGCAUUUUGUCUGUGAGAUUCACCUACUUUGCAUGAAGCUGUAGUUUAUUCUCACUGCUAUGUAAAAUUCCACUGUAUAUGAAUAUAUUACAAUGUGUCUAUCCAUUCUUCUCUUGAUGGGCAUUUGCUUGCAUUAUUAUCAAUAAAGCUGCCAUGAAUAUUUUUUGUAA